AUACAUUUCCUUGCUGUGGCUAUGAGCCGGAGACAGGAUCUGUUGGUUGUUGUUAGUAACCAGAUCUCUACCCAGGGGAAGAAACAGACUGCAAGGGAAACCUGUCAUGUCCUCAGGUGUAUGUACAGCCUCUCAUCUCACUAAGACGACCUAGAAUAGAUGGAGUUCCUCCACUGACUGAAGAUGAGUGACUUUACAGUUCUACUGAAUGACCUUGCUCGAACAUGCCAGGAGCUGGAGCAGAUCAAAGCUGAACAGACAAAAGACCAUGAGAAAGUAACAAAAUCCUUUGAGAAGACUCUACUUUCCAUCCUUAGACAGGAGGAGACCAUCCUCAACCAUGUGGAAGAGGAGCACAGAAGGCUACGAGAUUUGUUAUCCUCUAUCCAGCAGGACAAUGAUGUAGCACUUCAUAAUGGAGUGUGUCAAAUUAACCAUAUGGUGCAUGAGAUCUCCGUGGUUUCUUCUCAGCUCAAGCAGGCUCUGGGGACCUCUAAUGACAGCGAGCCUGUAAUGAAGGAAAUCCAGCACAGGGUAGCUAACAUUUUCACAAGAAAGAAUAGUAUCAAUAUCUGUCUAAAAAAGGUGCAUUUCCUCCCCCAGCCUCUGCUGUCUACAACACUUGGGGAGAUACGUUGUGAGGAGCAAUCUCUUGGCUUCUCAGUUCCUAGCCUAAACAGAAGAGCAAAUGCCACUUGGGGCAGAAGCACCAGCACUCCAACUCUUCUGAGUGAUGAAAGGCCACCAUGGGAGGACAAGCCGCACAACGCAGGCGAUCUUGGAUUUCUUGGAGUAAAAAUCCUACUGGAAACGGACAGUGACCAGUGUUCUGGCUCCAGCACCAAGUCAUCAUCUAUGGGAACAAAGAAAGAAGAUAUUGAUACUCAGGCACUGAACGUCCUUUCCAAAGAUGAAGCUGUUAUGGAAGCCGACAAAGCAGCUCUAAGUCCUCGAACAGCAACCAAAAUUUGGAUCUCUGAUAUUAAACAUAGUCCAACCAGGCAGGGUAAGCAGAGUGGUACAGGACUUAUAGUGCAGACUGAAGAAGGCCACAAGUCUCAGAACCAACGUCAUCUGCUCAGCAGACAACUUCUUAAAGAAUCACCACCAGACAGCAAAUCUCCCUACCUUCGCGUAAACAACACAACAGCCGGAAGGAGCCAAGAGUCAAGAAGAACCUUGCUGAGGGACCCAAAAGAAACAUUACGGGAACAUGCCUCACUCAUUAAGCCUCAUUCCUAUGUUGAAAACACAAGCUUACAGACAGAAAACAUGGAAGUACUAGAGUCGAAAAUACAGAGCACAGGAAAAGGGAAAAAGGCAAACAGUCCUGCAGGUGACAAGAGGAAAACAGUAAUGGAUGAAGGAACACAUUUCAGCAAUGAUGGAGCCCCCAUCACCUUGCCUGACCACAAUACCGUGUUUAGAGCAAUGACAGCGUAUGUAUGUGAAGGUGAUUCUGAGACCUCUGAAGACACUUUGGAAGAAGUAGAGACAGAUGGUGUGAAGGAUCCAAAGGCGUGUCGACAAGUGGCUAUAAGAGACAGCCGGGUCCCAUCUGCCAAGAAGUACAAUGAUGGAGACCAGCUGACUAGCUGGAUGUCCCCCGAGUCCCAGAACCAAAUAAAUAGUUCUAGCAACUUUUUAACAUCUCACUUAAACAUACAAAACUUGGAAAGUGGUUCACAGCAAUCUACACAUGAAUCGCUGCUUAGCUUUGAUUAUAUGCGAAUGUCUGAUGACAGGUCAGAUACUCUAAGUAAGAACAUUUUGAACAUUCCUCCAAGAUCAGUAUCUCCCAGUGAAAGUGUGAAUUCAUCCUACACCUUUAUAAUAGAGUCUCCCAAAAAUAAGAAGCCCAUCGUCAAGUCAGGAACAUUUUCGCGCUCACCUCAUUUGCCCACGAAAGAAUCCAGAAAAAGACACCCAGUUAUUACCGUGGCAGCUGAGACAUCUGAAAUAAAAUCCAAUCAGCAAAUGCAAACUCCGGCGAGUGAAAAGCGUAGACUUGUAUCUAAAACCAGAAAUCAGAGGGCGCAGCCCAGUUCACCCUGGAAACCCGUACCAAGGUCAUCUUCAAUGUCUUACAUAGAGAGGAUUGCAAGGCCACAUACUGCUCCUCCUAGGCCAACUAGGCCCUCAUCCGCAAAGGAGAGAAGGGAGUCUGUAUCCAGCACGUCGAGCUCUAGGUCCAACUCCAGGAGUCUGUCCACCUCUACACCCUCCAGUGCCCUUCGUGAAAUUAGAAGUCGCAUUAAGCCCACGCAGUGCUGCAGGAAGACUUUAAGGUCAUCUCAACUGGCCUCACCUCCCAAGUGUUUGAGGAAGAGCGAGCCUAAUCUCACUGACUGCCCUCUAGACAAUGGUGAUGGGGUCACCAAGCUUGUUAAGCAAUUUGGCAAAUUCGGAUCUGGCCGAGCCGAGUUGAAUUUGCCCCAUGGUAUACAUACCACAAACACCGGUUCCGUUUAUGUGGUGGAUUAUGGAAACAGGAGGCUACAAGUGAUGGAUGCAAGCGGUAAAAUCCUCCAACAGUUUGCACUUGAAGCAAAGAAUUACUUUGAUGUUGCCGUCAGCAAUCGGGGGUUGGUCGCAUUGACUAACUCCACUGAUCGCACAGUGGAUGUGUACACUAAGCAUGGGCGCCUCCUGCAAGUUAUUUCCAGAAACUGGGGCACUCCACGUGGCAUCACUGCCAACCAUAGAGAUGAGUUCAUAGUAGCGGAUAUGAAACUGGGAGCCGUCUGCGCACUCACACUGGACACCAGCACUGGUUGUCAGAAGGAGAGCACGAUGGUAACUGGAUUCAACAAGCCCUACCUCGUCAGCUCCAACAGCCAAGGGCUGCUGGCUGUCUCAGAGAGAGGCCUCGAUGGUGGCUGCUGUGUCAAGGUGCUAGGGGAGGACUUGAAGCUUCUCAAGGUUCUGGGGCUGAAGGAUUCACCUGGGCCAACACUCUUUAAUCCAUGGGGGGUUUGCGUCGACAACGAAGGAGGGGUCUUGGUGGCAGACUGGGGACAGAAACAUUCCAUUAUCUACUACCCAGCCAAGAAACCUGCCCGAAGUAUAGUAACUGAAGGCCUCAGUAGCCCCAGGGGUCUGGCGUCGUGGCAGGACUACCUUGUCCUGGUCGCCGACAGCAUGCACAACUGUAUUAAGGUAUUUCAGUAUCAAGAAAAUGAAGCAUGAACUAUAGCGUACCACGGACAUUGACCGAUGACGUGGCUAAUGCAUUGUCUCCAUGUACCGGUCUGUUUACACAUAAAUACUGUUAUGGAGCCACAAAGUGUGGGAAAUAAAGAGACGCCUCAUGGUAA